UUGUCCGUAUCCAAAUUGAUGUCAAGGAAAAACAUGCCCGAAUUCCCAUGCACAGUUCCAACUCUUGAUCAAAAACCCAAGUCAAAACCACACCAACUGCCCAAUAUUUACAUUAAAUUCCAACCCCUUCGUCCUAAAAGUAAAACCAGAAAAGAGGGAACAGAUCAAAAGCAAAAGAGAGAAACAUACAAGGAAGAGACACAUCUCACCUUACAGGAACAAACAUCCCGCCAUCCCUCUCUGUCUAUAUCUUUAUCUGACGAAGUUUCGGACAAGCCCAGAUGCAGGCAUGCAACUCUCAAUUUUAAGCUGUUAUUGAUCGCCGGUUUCCUAUUGGGCUAUUCAUCUUCUCUCAGGCAGAUUGGUGAAACCUGUUCCAAUUCGAGCAAUAAUUGCGACGCCGGUCUGACAUGCGGCUCUUGCCCUGCAAACGGCAACACCAGGCUCCGAUGCACUCGCGUGCAGCCCGCAAUUCCGACCUCCAAGGUCAAAGGGCUGCCCUUUAAUAGGUAUUCAUGGCUGACGACCCACAACUCGUUUGCUCGGACCGGGUCGACGUCUGGUACCGGGUCGCCUCUCCUCUCGCCCACCAAUCAGGAAGAUUCCGUCGCCAAUCAGCUCAAAAAUGGCGUUCGGGGGCUCAUGCUCGAUAUGUAUGACUUCAACAAUGACAUUUGGUUGUGUCACUCCUUUGAUGGAAAGUGUUUCAACGUAACGGCAAUUCAACCUGCUAUUAAUGUGUUGAGAGAAAUUCGAGAUUUUCUGGAGGGGAACCCGGCAGAAAUCAUCACCAUUUUCAUUGAGGAUUAUGUCACGUCUCCUCAAGGCCUCACGAGAGUGUUUAAUGCAUCUGGCCUCAGUCAAUACUGGUUUCCACUCUCUCGGAUGCCUAAAAAUGGUGGAGAUUGGCCGACAGUGGAUGAUAUGGUCCAGAGAAAUCAACGGUUGGUAGUCUUUACGUCUAAGUCAUCCAAGGAGGCUUCUGAAGGAAUUGCUUACGAAUGGAACUACGUGGUGGAAAAUCAGUAUGGAAAUGAAGGGAUGGUUGCUGGUUCAUGUCCCAGUCGUUCUGAAUCGUCGCCCAUGAACACGCCUUCGAGAUCACUGGUGCUUAUGAAUUACUUUCCUACAAAUCCAAAUGUAUCAGAAGCUUGUGUGGACAACUCUGCGGACCUAACUAGCAUGAUGAGAACCUGUCAUGCAGCCAGCGGCAACCGCUGGCCAAAUUUCAUUGCAGUUGAUUUUUACCAGAGGAGUGACGGAGGGGGAGCUCCGGAAGCCGUUGAUGAAGCAAAUGGGCAUUUAACCUGCGGCUGUGACAACAUUGCCUACUGCAGGGUAAAUGCAACGUUUGGAACAUGCGACGUCCCUGUCAUCUCACCUCCACCACCAGCUGGGUCGCCGCCGUCUCCUUCAGAAACCACACAAGAGCCGAGCAAUAAUUCUCCUAUAAGCAGACCUUUUCAACCUCAUUGGCAUAUCUUGACAAUCUUAACAGUUCUCCUUUUGCGGCUGUAAUUCUUUAGUCCGAGAAUAUAUUAUUCAUUUGCUGUAUUCUUAAAUUAUUUUGCAACGAUCAGAGCUCUCCAUACUUUAGAGAAUCACAUUUUUUGAGAAGUUGAUGUGAGAAUUUUUGGUGGUAAUGGCUUAAUUUUCACCUUGCAUUUUUCCACUGUUGUUGCACAUGAGUCGAUUCUGAGACUGUACAUUGUACGUUGGGUCAAUUGAAUAUGCAAUAAGAUUUCAAAUUUAGAGCAUAACA